AAAAUCGAAGUGAAUCAAACAAUUUAAAGAUUGUUAAAAUUUAUUUUUUACCUAAUCGUUUACAUAUCAACUUGAAAGAAGCAAUACAAAUACUCAACAAACCAUAUAUAACGGAAAGCAUUGAAUGUUGUACACAAAUUAAGCCACAAUCAGGUGAGUGGUACAUAUAUAUUGAAUAUAAUAAUGAACUAAAUAAAAUUUCGGAUGGAAUUGAGUGGGUAGCAACAGGUACUACUAUGUUACCCAAUAAGAAACAUCCAAUGUUAAUAGCUGAAUAUUUUAGUUCUGAAAAUAUUUACAAAAGUGUGUUUAAAUUAAAAAAAAAAAAUAAAUAUAACGCUUCAUUGGUGAAUUAUACGAAUAACCCACUACAAUUGGACUCACCCAACGGUGAAAUUGAAAAGUGCAAAGCACGCGCUGCCAGAAAAAAAUCUAUCAAAAGCAUAAUGAAAAGACGUUUUGGGAAAAGGAAUACAACAGAAAGCGCAACUCAAAAUAGUGGAAAUUUGUAAGUUUAAAAAAAAUAGUCUUAGCAUUUACAACAUAAAAUAAAAAUACCUAUAUACUUUAUGUUCAUAAAAAAUUUUAGUGAGUAUAAUAACUGCGAUUUGCCAUCUACUUCAACUUUAAUACCUGCAGUACAAUUUAUGGAAAUAGCAGAUAGUGGAAAUUUGUAAGUUUAAAAAAAAUAGUCAUAGCAUUUACAACAUAAAAUAAAAAUACCUAUAUACUUUAUGUUCAUAAAAAAUUUUAGUGAGUAUAAUAACUGCGAUUUGCCAUCUACUUCAACUUUAAUACCUGCAGUACAAUUUAUGGAAAUAGCAGAUAGUGGAAAUUUGGAGUAUAAUAACUGCGAUUUGCCAUCUACUUCAACUUCAAUACCUGCAGUACAAUUUAUGGAAAUAGCAGAUAGUGAAAUAUCUGAAUGUAACACAACACCAAUUGAAGAAAUGUCCAGUUUUAGUGGGAUCAACGAUUUGGAUAUUUCAGAUAUAACAUACCAUAAACUCGAAACCACGAUAGAAAGUAUCAACAGGUAAUACUAUCUGUAUACACUGUUAUUUCUAAUAAUUAUUUCUUUUUAUUAUUUCUUGUAUUAUGACUAAAAAAAG